UUUUUGCCCGCCCGUGGGUGGUUUCCAGCAUCGCGGCGGCGAGCCAGACCCGCCGUCGUGUAUCGAAGCGGGAACCCGUCCUCCCGUCUGUCCGUCGCCUGGGCUGGGCCGCACCCCCCCCCCCCGAUCGAUGGAUGCACGGUACCGACGCCACGCACGUUGGGUGACCGGUGGGAAGCAAGGACUCGCUGCCGACUUCUACGAAGAAUGAUGCUGUUCGUGAGCACUACUAACGUACCAAGGCUAACUGCUAGCACCGGCCUCUGAUUGAGGCUUGUCCAUCACUCGGCGGGCAUGGCUCUCGACGACGACAACACCCACGAUUCAUGUACGUGCCGCCAGUCGUCACAGCAAUCCCACCGGACGACGAGCUGCGGUCCCGGUGCGUCGUCGUUCGUCUCAAGCCGUUUCACCUCCCAUCCCGCUGCUGCACUGCUGAGGCAACAAGCGCAACGCUGUUAUUAACUCACGUCUUCAAUGCCCCCUUCGUCAAAAGUCCAGCAGCAAGCAGGGAAAAGCUUAUCGCUGGGCUUCGGCUUGGGGGAGGGUCGAUGCCCAUGCACCACGGGUGGCCUGGGAAAGCCCGAGAGCCAUGCCCUGACGCACGAUGCCUCCUAGCGCCCGACCACGAGUCUCCCCGGUUCCCGGCCUAGCGGUGCUAAGUGCUAGUCGUAGUUUUAGUAGGUAGCAGCUCACACGCGCUCCCGCUAACAAGUGGCGACCCACCCCGGAUCUCACGACUGCGCGAGCCCCGACCGUGGCUUGUCCGUCUCUGCACCGCUUCACCUCAUAACAGGACACCAAACGCCAUGGAGACGGCGCGGUGUCCGGGAAGGGACGCUAAGGGCCAGGAGGAGGAAAAAAAUAAAAGGGCGUAUUCAUGCAUCCUUGAGGCGUGGGGGUUAUUAUAUAUGUCGUAGUGAGGCUCUUCGCCCCCUUUGUGUCUGUCUAUCUUGCCAUGCAACCCUCGUUGUGCUACCCAUCGUCAACAGAGUCAACAAACUACCCAUAACCACACUACAUACGUGGGAGACACUAGUGUGAAUGCCCUCGUUGGAGAGAGAGAGAGAGAGACAUACACACGCGCCUGUAGUUGGAUUGUCACGACGGGCUUCUUUAUCGUUCGACGGCCGGCGAGCCGGAACCUCACAACGACGACAUGUCGACCAACUCUCCGCCGGGCGGCCCAGGAGGCCAGCUCGAGCAGCUGAAGAAGCCGGGCCCCCCGUACCCUCCCCAGGGCGCCGGCCUCGGCGGCCAGCCCACGACGGGCGUCGACGUGCCCAUCUCGGCCGUCAUGCUCGCCCUCUUCGUCGCCUCGGCGGCGCUCAACAUGACCAUCCUGCAGCUCAACAUGCGGCGCGGGCACAAGUUCGUGCUCUCGGGCGUGCUCUUCGGCUUCUCCAUGGCGCGCAUCACCGCAAACGUCAUGCGCAUCGUCUGGGCCUGCUACCCGCGCAACGUCCGCGUCGCCAUCGCCGCCAACAUCCUCACCAACGCGGGCGUCCUGCUCCUCUUCAUCGUCAACCUCAUCCUCGCGCAGCGCAUCCUCCGCGCCUACCAGCCGCGGCUCGGGUGGUGCCGCCCCGUGCGCCUCGGCUUUCGUGGGCUGUACGCCGCCGUCGUCGCAUGCCUCGUCAUGGUCAUCACCGCCGCCGUGUACAGCUUCUACACCCUCGACGCGGACAAGCUGACCAAGAUUCGCGACGUCCAGCUCUUCGCCGUCACCUUCCUCGCCGUCCUCGCCUUCCUGCCCGUCCCCAUCGUCGCCCUCGCCCUGCUCCUCCCGCGGCAAACCACCACCAUCACUGGCGGCGGCGGCAUCGGCGUCGGCCAGCCCGUCGACCCCUUCGGCACCGGCAGCAUGCGCACCAAAAUCGCCCUCGUCCUCUUCACCACCACCCUGCUCGCCCUCGGCGCCGGCUUCCGCGCCGGCAUCGCCUACAUCAAGCGACCCGCCGACCACCCCGCCUGGUUCCACCACAAGGCCGCCUACUACUGCUUCAACUACACCAUCGAGCUCAUCGUCGUCUUCACCUACGCCCUGUCGCGCUUCGACCGCCGCUUCUGGAUCCCCAACGGCAGCUGCAAGCCCGGCGACUACUCGCGUGGCGGCGACGGCAGUGGUGACAACAACAACAACGACAAGGACGCCGUCGAGGAGGGCUUCCGCCUCAGCGCCGAGCAGCAGGGCCAAGAGGACCGCGAGCGCGACUGGGAGGCCCGAGCCAAGGCCGAGACGGAAAGGGGCAUGCCCUCGUGA